UUUCCAGUGUCGGUUGGAUGAAUCAUGCUUUAUAUCUUAAAGACAAAUAUGAUCAUAGCUUCCGGACCAACAACACAUUCCACUGGUUCAUCAUGUCUUACACGAAAACGCUGAACCUUUUGAUACAAAAUAUUUUCUUUGGUUUCAAUUGGGAAUCUACGUUCGAGUACAUCAUCUGCACGAUAUUAAUCAUCUUGGGAUUCAAUGUACAAAUGGUCAUAUUUGUCGCAAAGUUAACAUCCGCCUACAUUCAUCAACAGUUGAUGUAUUUUGCUUUCAAGAUUAAGAUGCAGGUAACAGCUAUGUUCCUCGAGGAUUUAAAUGUAGAUGAAGGUUUGAGGCAAAGGGCGAUGGAAUACUGCGAUAAGUUAUGGAUGCUUAGGUAUGGUAAUCUCACGACUCCCGCCUCUUUCAUGAUGCUACCAAUCUCGUUGCAAAAAGAUAUAUCCAUUGAUAUCUUUUGGGACGCCUUGCAACACUCGCAAUUAUUUGAGGAAGUCAGUAUGUCCUUGAAGAGGGUCAUCAGCUUAAAGAUGAGGAAUAUAUUCCUAAUGCCCGGCACGUAUCUGUACAAAAAAGGUCAGAUUAAAUCGCAAAUGAUUUACGUUGUGAGUGGCAAUAUUCAGGUGCUCUCUAGUGAGGAUAAUGUAUCUCCUAUAUUGAAUUUAACCUGUGGAACGGUUUUGGGAGAAAUCAACACUUUGAUAUCAACUCGAAGCACUGUCAACCUAUAUACUGCAAAUGGAUGUACCUUGCACAUUUUAGAUCUGCCCGAUCUCUUUCACGCCAUCACUCAAAGCAAGCAUACAAGUAAUGAACUUAAACGUCAACUAAACAAGCGGAUUAAACUUGUCAAGGAAAUGCGGAUAAUUAAACAGCAAAUGGUCAGUGCGUAUGAAACUAUGGAGGAUAAGUAUAACACUCCGAUAAAGAGACUGAAGACAAAUUGGCAUAUGGUAUGGAACUUCGAGUCGCAACAAAAUCUGGAUAUUGCGGAAAUUAAGGAAAAAUUAGAUGUCAGCUACUGCUCGAAAUUUCUUAAUCUAUUGGUGAUGACCGAAUCAUUAGGUUCGAAUAUGUUGGCCAACUCUAUUUGCAUCCAAAACAGUUUCCCGUUCGUCGUAGAACCAAACUCCAGCUUUCGUAAAACUAUACUUUACAUAUCAUUAGGAUCCACUGUUAUUAACGCAGCGAUCCUGCCGUUUUGCAUUUCCUUCCUGAACGAACUACCGCGCAUCCUGUAUUCCUAUUGUUUGCUUUUGGAUGUGGCUUGUUGGUUGGAGCUGUACUUCGAAUUGAUCACUGCAAUUAAAACACCGACAGUAACAAUUACAGCGCCAAUAGAGAUUUUCUUAACUAAAAUCAAGACUCCGAAAUUUUUCGUGGACUUAUUCGCAUCCUUACCAAUCGAUUACUUCGUCUUUUGGAAUUCUGAUAAUUUGAUGUAUGCUUCAAUGUGCCGACUAAACCGGUUGAUACGAGUAUAUCGAAUAUAUAUUGUACUACACGAAUGGGAUGAGUCAAUUAUUGGUAACGUGACGGUGAAGAAAAUUUGCAAGUAUGCCAUCUACUACACCUCAACCAUUUACUUCUGUACAUGUAUGUUAUACUCAAUUGCUUGUCCUGGGGAAUGCUUGAGAUACUGUAAGCAACUCUGA